AAAAAUAAACCAAAAACCCAACCAUAAGAAACAACCAUGCAACCGUUAAAACACAGCCAGGAAAACUGACAAAACUCACAACAUUGCAUCAUAAAGUUCAAUGAUGAAAACACAAUAAAACACAACCGCAAAAGGCAACCCCAAAUUAUUAAACACUACUACAAAUCCCAACCAUAAAACAGGAGCAUUGUGAGACAACCUUUUCGGUUGACGUCGUCAUGACUUGUAGGAUGGACAGACCCAGAUGCUGAAACCCAGAAUGAGGACACAGGUAGGUAUGAGGUAAGUAGGAGUAUUUAUUUUUCCUUCCAGGAGAGAUGGUUGUGGCUGUGGCUUGUAGUGAUGGGACGAGCGACACUGGUGCAUCAGCACAGUGCCGAGAGCUCAAGAGUGAAACCUCGUAUCGGUGCGUGUAUUGCUUUAAGAAAGAAUCACGUGACCGAUACAGGAACUGUAUCGUUUGGAUGUGCCGCGCCAAAGUGUGUUUAUAAGGACACAAACUGUAUCAACAUGUCGUGGGUUUGUCGGAUGGAGUUUUGCUUGAUCAUGGAUCGUCCUAGGAAGUUUUCCCCGGUGUGGAAUAAUUUUGAUCUCGUGACGCCAAACAAGGUGAAGUGUCGGCUCUGCUCCACAGAGCUAUCUUACAUCAAUAAGAGCACUUCAUCAAUGCUGAGGCAUUAUAGAGCUCGGCAUGGCAAUGAAGAAUUGGCAGAUACUCGUGAGAAUACCCCAGUUCCUAACAAGCAAGCAGUGGAUGAGGCAGUCGUCAAUAUGAUCAUCAAAGACUGUCAGCCACUCAGCUUUGUUGAAAAUGAGGGAUUCAGGGAGCUCCUGAAGCUUAUUUUACCCUUGUAUGCUCUACCAAGCAGAAAGACCAUCAAGGACUUGGUGAGCCAGAGAUAUGAGGAGGAAAAGGAGAAAACCAAAAAGGAUCUCCAGAGUGCCGUUGCUGUUACUUUAACAGCUGAUAUGUGGACGUCUAUGAAUAUGGAGGCAUAUCUAGCCGUUACUGGCCACUAUGUGGACAAAGAAAGCCAUGAACUCCAUUCAUCAGUCUUGGCAGUGCAGCAUUUUCCUCAAAAACACACAGCAGAAAACAUCGCCACGGUUAAAAGGAGCCUCAUGGAGGAGUGGGGCAUAGCAGGAAAGGUCAGGUGUCUUGUCACUGAUGCAGCAGCAAACAUGGCUGCAUGUGCUCGAAUGCUGCAAAUACGGCACACUAUUUGUAUAGCCCAUUCCCUGAAUUUAACUGUGAGAAGAUCAUGUGAUCAAAUCCCAGCAAUAACUGAAAUACGCAACAAAACACGGCACAUGGUGACAUACUUUCGAUCGAGCGUGACUGCUAAAGAGAAGCUCACUCAAAUACAGCAACAGCUGGGAACACCGGGCCAUAAAUUAAUCAAUGAGGUGCCAACACGAUGGAACAGUACCUACCAAAUGUUUGAGAGAAUGACUGAGCAGAAGGAGGCAGUCUGGGUGUCACUGGCCUCAUUAAAACCUGACAUCACUCCACUGACUCCAGAAGAAUGUCAGAUCAUUGAAGAGAUGCUCAGGGUUCUUGCUCCUUUUGACCAAGCUACAAGAGAACUGUCUGAGGAAAAAAGGGUCUCUGGGUCGAAGGUCAUUCCCAUGAUGAGAAUGCUCCACAUUGAGCUUCAACGUCAGGCCACAACAGUGACAAAAACAGCUGCUCAGCAACUGGCUGAAAACCUGAGGACGCGGCUAACUGAUGCUAUUUGCGGCAUGGAAUCUCUCAGUGUGAUGACUCUGGCAACUCUGUUAGAUCCCAGAUUUAAAAAAAAUGGAUUUGUUAGCCAGCAAAAGGCAAGUGAAGCGGUGAAGAGACGGCAGUCAGAAUGUGCAGAGGAAAUGAGGAGCCAAGAGCCUGACCCAAGAGAAGAAGAGCCUAGCUCUUCACAUGGGUCAGAACCCAGUUCAGAUAUGGAGGUUGCAGAAACCCAGAAGACGAGAAACGCAACAGCUGACUCCAUUAUUGAAGUCCAACGCUACCUGGCAGAAACAAACACACCCAGAAACCAAGAUCCUUUGCAAUAUUGGAAAAGGAACCAGAAAAUAUACCCACAUCUUCAUCAACUUGCACUUAAAACUCUCUGCUCACCAUCAUCGUCUGUACCAUGCGAAAGAGUAUUUUCCAAGGCUGGGGAGCUGGUGUGUAAGAGGAGAAAUCGCCUUGGAGCAAAGACACUCCAAAAACUUUUGUUUCUCAAUAAAAAUUCAUGAACUAAUCACUUUUUUGUCUUUUAUUUCAUAUGAUUUAACAGUUAAGUUGACAAAUGUGCACAUAAAUUAAAAAAUUGUAACUAAAUUUUCACUCUAAUUUGCUAUAUUUUACAUACCAACUCAGUUUUAGCAUUUACACGAACUAGGAAUGUAUUUACCUGCAAUGAUUUUAUAACUACUGCAGGGGUCACUAUUGGGUGACCAACACAGUAUCAAUACAGUGCCGACACAGUUUGCUUAGUGUGUCAAUACACUCCUUGAGGUAUCAUCGUCCCAUCACUAGUGGCUUGAGGCGGGGCUGGAGGUAGUAGCGCGGCUAGGCAGAGCGUGGUGUUUCCACCAGAAUGCAGAAGGGCUCGAUCUGACUUCCACACAGGUGACACCUGGAGGCAGGAAUCCUGAGGCAGGGAGAACAAAGUUAGAGUCGAGGCAAGACUUGGCUUUACAUGAGCUAGACUGAGACCAGUUAUAGUCACCAUAAGGGGCAACGAACUGGCGUUGAAUACUGGAGCUGGGUCUCCUUUUGAGCUGCAGCAGGUGAUGAGGUGAAUUGGUCUGAGCUGGUGGAGUCAGGAGCAGAGCAGGAGGGGGAGGGGGAGGAGACUGACAGGCACAACAGACUUCAGGCUAACCUAUCCUUAACAGAACAAUGGCACAUAACCAAUAGCAAACCAUUUGACACAGCAACAAAGCACAAGCAAUUAAAAAUACAGCUAUAUACCAAAAAAAAGUCCAGAAACCCAACCACAUACUACAACCCCUGAAACAUGACUUUAACACAAAACACAACUGUAGAAAAUACAAAUACAAAA